UGAGUUCGGCGACAAUUGAUGGCGAGAGCUCGGCCUGAUGUGGGCAAACCACCAGCCUCCUUCAUCUACACCACGGGCACCAUCAGUACAGUAACAGUUCUUGGACUGCGAUUUGUAUGGAACUUUGCCAACCUUGACAUCAUUGAUAACAGCACCCCUGUGACCCCUGUGAGGAUAAGCAACUUGGAAAAUGGAUGGAAGGUUUCCCAUUUGAAUCAACACCGUCAACCGAACAGCCAUGUUGCUCUCCAACAUGGAGUGUCGACAUUACGGGCGUUGUCAGGACAACCAGGCAGGCUCCAUGGGCCCUUGGUGAGGCUUCCUCCUUGGGCUAGAUGCUAGCUAUCAGACUGAGCAGAUGCUGUGCCCUUCAGCCAAUCACAGAUAUGUGUGGAUACACUUUAAAAGUGGUCAUUCGGUCGCACCCUCCCGACCAUCUCACUCAGCAGAGGUUUGGUCUGUCAAACACAAAACCAACAGUGUCUUAUCUCUCCUGGCUCCUCCUCUGGACCUGCUGCUCUCAUUAAUAUUCAUCAACUCGACCAAUGGGCUAAGCAGGGCGGAUGACGUCACGAGCUAGGGAACAGUGAGCAGCCAGUGAAGCAUCCAGCCAGCCUGCCGAACAAGCCUGCUUUUAGGGUCAGGAACUGGUCUGACAAGAGAAUGGCAAUCCUGUCGUAAACUGUCACUGGCACCAGGACGGAAGACGAUGGUUCCACCACAGGUGAUGGCUCAUAGGCGAAACACGGACCGAGAGAAUGUGAAGACAUAUUUCAGGGGCAGUUUCUUUUGGAAUCAUCUUCUGCUGAACCAUAUUAGAGAGGUCCAAGUGUGCCUUUUUUCAAUAGCUUCAGAAAGCAGCUGACCAGAAAAGGAACUGUUGUACAUUCAUCACUACCCUGACUGGACCUCUUGGACCGUUUUUUGUGUCACAUCACGGGAAACAGGAAGUGCUUUGGGACAUUGUGAGUGCUACUAAAGAUGUCUGAUAGUGUCGAUAUUGAAGAGAAACCACCAGCCCCUCCCUUGAGAAUGAACAGUAGUUCCAGAGACUCUUCAUCAGUGAACCCCGCCUCAAAACCACUUCCAAUGGCUCCUGAAGAGAAAAUCAAGAAAGUGCGCCUGCGUUCCAUCUUCCCUGGAGGAGAUAAGACAAACAAGAAGAAGGAGAAGGAGCGCCCCGAGAUAUCGCUUCCUUCCGACUUUGAACACACCAUCCAUGUCGGCUUUGAUGCUGUAACAGGAGAAUUUACAGGCAUCCCAGAACAAUGGGCGCGCCUCCUACAGACCUCCAACAUCACCAAGCUGGAGCAGAAAAAGAAUCCACAGGCUGUGUUGGAUGUCCUCAAAUUCUACGACUCCAAAGAGACUGUCAACAACCAGAAGUACAUGAGCUUCACUUCAGGAGACAAGUCAGCCCAUGGUUACAUAGCAGCAAACACGCUGAACCGACUGCUGUCAUCUGGGCCUCCUGUCAGCCUUAGAACCUGCAGCGCAUUAUUUGACAAGCAGGGUGCCAAAACAUCAACGUCAGAACCCCCGAUCGCUCCACCUGUGUCAGAAGAGGAGGAUGAGGAAGAAGAGGAAGAAGAGGAGGAGGAAGAGGAGGAGGACGACGACGAUGAUGAACUGCCCCCUGUCAUAGCCCCUCGACCUGAACACACCAAAUCUAUCUACACGCGUUCAGUCAUGGACCCGCCCAAGCCUCCCACUCCCAUCAAAGAGGUUCUGACGCCACCCGAGUCGCAGGUCCAGCCCGACAACACUUCGAGCACAAUGUAUCGCCACACUGACCGCCAAAGGAAGAAGUCCAAAAUGACAGAUGAGGAGAUUCUCGAGAGACUCAACUCAGGGAGUAUCGUGAGUGUGGGGGAUCCCAAAAAGAAGUACACACGCUUUGAGAAAAUAGGACAAGGAGCUUCUGGCACUGUGUAUACCGCCAUCGACAUAGCGACCGGUCAAGAGGUUGCCAUCAAGCAAAUGAACCUGCAGCAGCAACCCAAGAAGGAGCUGAUCAUCAAUGAGAUCUUGGUGAUGAGGGAAAACAAAAACUCAAACAUAGUCAACUACCUGGACAGUUAUUUAGUAGGCGACGAGCUUUGGGUAGUUAUGGAGUAUUUGGCCGGUGGCUCGUUGACAGAUGUCGUGACUGAGACCUGCAUGGACGAGGGCCAGAUUGCAGCAGUUUGCAGGGAGUGUCUUCAAGCGUUGGACUUCCUACACUCCAACCAGGUGAUCCACAGAGACAUAAAAAGUGACAACAUUCUUUUGGGGAUGGAUGGAUCUGUCAAACUCACCGACUUCGGCUUCUGCGCCCAGAUAACUCCAGAGCAGAACAAGCGCAGCACAAUGGUGGGAACGCCCUACUGGAUGGCGCCAGAGGUGGUGACACGUAAAGCCUACGGCCCAAAAGUGGACAUCUGGUCUCUGGGAAUUAUGGCCAUUGAAAUGGUGGAGGGAGAACCUCCAUAUCUAAAUGAGAAUCCUCUCAGGGCGUUGUACCUGAUAGCUACCAAUGGCACGCCUGAGCUCCAGAACCCAGAGAGACUUUCAUCCGUCUUCAGAGACUUCCUCAACCGCUGCCUGGAGAUGGAUGUAGACCGCAGAGGAUCUGCCAAGGAGCUGCUUCAGCAUUCGUUCCUCAAGCUGGCCAAACCUCUGUCCAGCCUGACGCCUCUGAUUGUAGCUGCCAAGGAAGCCAUAAAGAACAGCAGUCGCUAGGGGGCGCCCUCUGUCCUCACCCAAGCCUGGAGGCCUCCCUGUUACACGUGUGUUCAUGAAGGUGGAUGAGAGGGGGGCUCUGAUGUUUGUGGGCUGGGUGAUGUGACAGCAUAAAGUGCGCAGGGGGUCUGUGUGGAGCUCUGUGACUCCCCUUCUCAAACGCCUCCAUCCCUCAAACCACCCAGUACGUCAGACAAAUGACGGCCUUGCAGCCUUUCGGCACUGUGCUGCUAAAAACACCUUUUUGUUUACGUCGUCAGCACUCUGUACAUGUAGAGCAGUCUGUCACUAGUGUGUGUGUGUGUGUGUGUGUAUGCGCACAUCUGUCUGGUUUCUUGUGGAGGGGUAACAAUCGCAAACCAAAAAUGAGGGGCGACAACACCCUCAAAGAAGAGCUUUUGGUAGAGUUUACUAUUCUUCUGGUGUUAUCAAUGUGGAAAACAGGUCAAGCCCAACCAUGCCUGCAGUGACCUCUCAAGCGAGUCACUCUCGGACCCAAACUGUGCUCGAAUGGCUGUGAAAAAAGUUGAGUCUGAGCAUUCCUUAUUGAGCCAGCUUCAUUUUCGCAUAGCAUUGCCCUAAUUUAAUUUUAGUCAACUCUUCACAAUUUUCAGUGUCUUGUAUCUGGCCCAAAUCUGACUCCAUUUCAAAUCAACGAUGCAAAUUUAGUAUUUAAUUUUGAACACAGUGAAAGGGUAUGAGUAUCCUUCAUCCUGUAUGCUUUUAAACUCCUAUGAAUUGAUUUAGUUGUUUGACAUAGGCAUUGCCAAUUUUAUAUCUCAUUUAAUACGUCACUGAUUAUUUUAAAACACAAGGACAAAUUCUCAGUAACAUCUUUUGCUGCAAUUUUUACACCAUAUAUCUUUGCUAAUGAUUAUACAAGCACCACCACCACCGCGUUUUUAUCUGCUUCUGUGGUUUACACGUUUAUUACUACUUUUGCAACCAGAAGACAAAUUUAAACAGCUGGUUAUCAAUUACCUUGCUGCUUAACACUAAUCUAUAUUAGUUGAGGGCUCUCACUGUAGAGGCAUUCUUCUUCAUGAGUCUGUAAAAGAGUGGACAUCCCUGUAUAGAAAUAAUAGUUAACAUUAUGUCAUCAUAUUGGCUAACAAAAAUGGGACACCCUAAAUUGAUGAAAUUCUAAAUAAUUGUGUAAUUAUAAUUGCACUUCACUGUGACCAGCGAAAGACUGAAAUGCCACAUUGGCCUACAUUCAACAGUACACAAAUUCGAUCCAGUAUCCAGGCGUGUUUAUUUUAGUGCAUCUCCAUGUAGCUACACUACUGUGUGUGUGUGUGUUUGUUUGUGUGUGCACACGCGCUCCUGUCUUCCUAUCUUUUGUGUGGAAUAAAACUGGGUCUCUCAAUUACUGUGUGAUCUACACAGGAAAAUGCUAGGAUGAGCCCCUUUCACCCUACUACUUAGAUGACGUUUAUGUGCGUGUGAGCGCGUGCCCGAGGGCUACCUCAGUCUGCGAGAGUACAUUCCCCCACCGUGAAAUCGAGAAGUAGGGGAGCUGCUCACCUGCAUUUUUGUACCUCCAUUGUACAGCAAAGGUCCACAAGAUGGAGUGAUGUGACACACGAGUCGUGCAUGUAAAGCAACCAACUAACUCUUCACUGUAUCUUGUCAUUCAAAUAGGUUAAGUUUGUUCAGUUAUGUACAGUGAAUACGUCUGCACAGCCCUCUUUAAAUGGCAGGUUUUUGUGAUAUGAGAAAGACACCAAGAAAAAUAAUUUCAAAACUUUUUGCACCAUUAAGGUGACUUAUAAAUCUGAUUAUUUUCCCUUUGACAGAUUGAUCUCUGCUGCUUCGUGGUGACCGAUCUAUGCUACAACAUAACAGCCUUUCAUUACUAUAGAUGGCUUGAUAGUGUAGGAAGAUAGUGUAGAUAGAUUUUAUAUACUCUUACUGUCUCUUUGUAUGCAUUGUAAAACUCAAUUGACACAAAUCAAAAGGCAAAAUAGGCGAUUGAAAGUCUGAACACACUCUAAUAUGUAGGGAUGACUUUGUCCAGUGAACUAAUCAGAAUCAAACGUAUGUUUAAUGGGAGACAAACACCUGUCAACAUUUUAAGAUGUUCUAGUAGGUCUUUCCUUCCCCGAUAUCGGUGGCCAAAAUGUUUUUGCUAACACUGAGUGGUAUUUGGAACUGCUCAUAAUUCCUUCCUUGUUUAAGGCCUAAUGUCCAUCUGAAUAAGAAGAAAAACUUGUUUAAACCCUGGUUGAAUGUUUAUACCAUAAUUUCAAAAUGGAACAAACACAACACUAACUGCUCUUCACCAGAAGAACACCUUCCAUGCAGUUAAGUUUACUGGUCCAACGUAGAGGGAAUUGUAAAUGGUUACAAAUAUCACUAAGUGUUUGCACAAAACUUCCAGGCUUCAGUGAGGAAGACAAAAAAAAAAAAAAAUGCCAGGAAAACAUGACUAGAACAUCAAACAUUAAUUUGGGGUUAAUCAGAGGUACUUUAAAUGAUGACAGUUGUGAGCUACAUCCCAUUUAACAUGAGUUGCAAUGAGUUAUUUUUGAACCCAGUCACAUCCCCAGGCCUAAGAGGCUGUGUAAACUUGUGCAACCCCGUUAUCUCAGUUGUUUAUUUUCACUUCCCUUCACUUGCAAAUACACUUUUUAUAAAUACAGACCUACUUGUUAAUGGUCACUUUAAUUGUGGAAAAACGUUUUCAAUGGAUUUAUGUUCUCUUAUAUAUAUAUAUAUAUAUAUAUAUAUA